AUGGCUUCUCGAGCCAAGUCUAAAAGUAAACGGAAUAGUGACAAGCGCGAACAUUCGUUGUAUAGCAACGAGGCUGAGCCCGGGUUCGACUACGACGAACGAACCCUUGACCACAGCCACCAAUAUGAAGAAGAAGAAUAUGCAAACAAUACUUAUGAGCCCCACCCUGGCAACUACAAUGAGCACCAUAUGGACGAGCAAGCAACGACACCUCGCACCAAGCAUUCCAAGGAUGAAGGACUGUCAACGUCGUAUGAGUGUGAGGAGACCCCUGAUGCGGGUGCUCACGAAGCCACCGCGGCUCUAUCAGAUCUGACGAUAACCAAUGAAACCUCCACCGAAAAUGCAGACGGAACCGAGGCCCAGGAAGAUGAGGUUCAUGAUAACCAAUAUGGAUACACGAGUAAGGGGAAGAACAAGCAGACAGCUGGGGUAGAGGAUGAGUACGGGUAUGAAGAGUCCGCCGGAUUCGAAAUCUCUACCAAACCAGCUAAACAGGUGACGUUCGGGGAGGCAAAUGACUAUGGGGACCACUAUGAGAUGUACGAGGAUACAGUGGAGGCUAGCAAGAGAGACUACUACUCGCUGGACCAAGUUGGAGAGUCAUCGACUGCAGCGACCGAUACCUACCAAGGCGAGCAUACCGAGUAUACUCCAGAAGUGUUCAAGACUUUGUGGCCCGAGCCCAUGGGGACCUCGUCACGUUACACCACUGUUGUGCAAGCAGAGGAGAAGGGGAAAUCGAUCCACGUCUCGACUCGUCGCUUCAUAAUCGUUGGGAACGCGGACAACCAGUCCUACUGCGUACCAAUCUUUACCUAUGGCAAGCAGGGCUGCAAGAAGAAGGGAUUGAAGCCCCACCGACACGGCAUGGUUUACAGCGGCGAGGUGCCGCCCGAGCCGCUCAAGAACGAGCCACAGCUCGGCUACGACCCGGUGCGGGUGUACAUGGAGCCUGGACAACAGGACCUGAUGGGCGAAUCGCGAGUCAACUACUCGAUGCUGUGCACGGUGCAGCACAACGUCAAGGCCCUCUUCAUCGGCUUCAUCAGCCAGGACGAGUUGGAGAACGUCGUGCAACCGGCCGUCUACUCCAUCUUGGACGGGGCUAGAGGCAAGACCUCUAAGCACUCCAAAGAACGAGGCAAGGGAAGAUAA